GAGCAAUCGUCAUAGGGAUUGACAAAUAGUUUCUUCGCUUAUUUUCAACUAUAACUUAGUAGCUUCGCUAGCUGACAGGAAGGGGCAUGAAGAUCGUUCGGAAAGACCUCGUACGUAAUGGACCUGGUAGCGUUAAGAUGGUGGCAGUAGAUUCGGAUGAUCUAUGGUAUGCUUAUAACUUGAUCGCUCCAGGUGAUUCUGUCAUGGCGGUUACUGUUAGGAAGGUUCUUAGAGAAGCAGCUUCUGGUGGACGGGAAGCAGAACGGAUCAAGCUCAAAUUGGAAAUUAAAGUUGAAGAGGUUGCAGAUUAUGACAAAGAAGGCUCUAUGUUGCGAAUUCGUGGAAAGAACAUAUUAGAGAAUGAACAUGUUAAGAUAGGAGCAUUCCAUACUUUGGAACUCGAGCUACAGCGACCAUUUGUGCUUAGAAAGGAGGUUUGGGAUUCUUAUGCUUUGGAGGUACUGCAGCAGGCCUCUGAUCCCGGUGCAAGUGCUGAUCUAGCCGUGGUUUUGAUGCAAGAAGGACUAGCCCAUAUCCUACUUAUUGGUAGAAGUAUGACUAUUACCCGUUCUCGGAUAGAAACCUCAAUUCCUCGCAAGCAUGGACCUGCUAUUGCUGGUUAUGAGUCAGCUUUGAAUAAGUUCUUCGAAAAUGUUUUACAGGCUUUCUUGAAACAUAUAGAUUUCAAUGUGGUUCGCUGCGCUGUAAUUGCAAGUCCAGGAUUUACAAAGGAUCAGUUUCAUCGUCACUUAUUUUUGGAGGCAGAAAGAAGACAGCUACGUCCUAUUAUUGAAAACAAGUCGAGGAUUAUUCUUGUGCACACAACCUCGGGAUACAAGCAUAGUUUAAAGGAGGUUCUUGAUGCUCCAAAUGUCAUGAAUAUGAUUAAAGAUACUAAGGCAGCACAAGAGGUUCGAGCUAUGAAGGAUUUUUAUGACAUGCUUUCAAAUGAUCCAGCCCGAGCUUGCUAUGGAGUUAAACAUGUUGAGGUUGCCAAUGAACGACUAGCUGUGCAAACGCUUCUUAUUACUGAUGAUCUUUUCAGGAAUUCAGAUAUAGCAAGAAGACAAAAGUUUGUUGAGUUGGUCAACUCAGUUAAGGAUUCAGGAGGCACUGUCCAUGUAUUUUCAUCCUUGCAUGUCUCUGGAGAACAGCUAGCACAGAUAAGUGGCAUUGCUGCAAUUCUUCGGUUUCCUCUGCCUGAUCUUGAAGACAUUGAAAUGUGAUGGUCAAGCAUUGCAUAUUUCUGUUGGUGGGAUACCAUUUGGCAUAUCUUGGGUUUUUUGUUUUCUUAAUAUUGUCUUGAAUGCAAGGCAGAUGUUGCAACAGCACCCUUAGUGUUAAGUGCGGAGUGUCCACUUUGUGAUAACUUGUAUUGCGUGGUAUUUAUAUGUUGAAAUUGACACAUAACACCAUAUAUGAAUCUGUAUAGUUUACACUACAAACUGAGUGAAAGUUGUUUUGGUUAA